CUCGCGCUUCAUUCUGAGCCGAGCCUGGUGCCGCGCUGCCAGCCUAGCCCCCUGCGGCGGCUCCCUCCCAGGCUUCUCCUCCUACUAGCAGCAUGAAAGCCUUCAGUCCGGUGAGGUCCGUUAGGAAAAACAGCCUGUCGGACCACAGCUUGGGCAUCUCCCGGAGCAAAACGCCGGUGGACGACCCGAUGAGCCUGCUGUACAACAUGAACGACUGCUACUCCAAGCUCAAGGAACUGGUGCCCAGCAUCCCGCAGAACAAGAAGGUGACCAAGAUGGAAAUCCUGCAGCACGUCAUCGAUUACAUCUUGGACCUGCAGAUCGCCCUGGACUCGCACCCCACCAUCGUCAGCCUGCACCACCAGAGACCUGGGCAGAACCAGGCGUCCAGGACGCCGCUGACCACCCUGAACACGGACAUCAGCAUCCUGUCCUUGCAGGCAUCUGAAUUCCCUUCUGAGCUUAUGUCGAAUGAUAGCAAAGUACUCUGUGGCUGAAUAAAUGGAAAACAAGUUGAAUGGACCUUUUUAGAAAGAGAAGCGGAAGGAAAACUAAGAACGCUCAUCUUUCCCAGGUGCUCUCCGACCUGGCCUGUGAUACCGUUAUUUAUGAGAGACUUUCAAUGACCUUUCUACAGUCGGAAGGCUUUCUUUAUAUACUAUUCCCACCAUGGGGAGCGAAAAACGUUAAAAAUCACAAGGAAUUGCCCAAUCUAAGCAGACUUUGCCUUUUUUCAAAGGUGGAGCGUGAAUACCAGAAGGACCCAGUAUUCGGUUACUUAAAUGAAGUCUUUGGUCAGAAAUGGCCUUUUUGACGUGAGCCUACUGAAUGCUGUGUAUAUAUUUAUAUAUAGAUAUAUAUAUAUAUAUUGAGUGAAACCUUGUGGACUCUUUAAUUAGAGUUUUCUUGUAUAGUGGCAGAAAUACCUAUUUCUGCAUAAAAAUGUAAUGACGUACUUAUGCUAAACUUUUUAUAAAAGUUUAGUUGUAAACUUAACCCUUUUAUACAAAAUAAAUCAAGUGUGUUUAUUGAAUGUUGAUUGCUUGCUUUAUUUCAGACAACCAGUGCUUUGAUUUUUUUUAAAUGAUGCUAUGUUAUAACUGAACCCAAAUAAAUACCAGUUCAAAUUUAUGUAGACUGUAUUAAGAUUAUAAUAAAAUGUGUCUGAUGUCAA